AGGUUUGCGCAUACGCCAUGAUUAUUACCACUUCGCACCUUGCCUCGACGGUAUGGUAGCCUUGUGGCUACUGACCUUCCCGAAUCUUUGAUUUGAACUCCUUGUAUUUCUCUUCCUCUCUCGUGUUUCGUCUCUCAUGAUAGCGCAUCGCUCAUACGCCACAGCACGAGCAUCUAACAUGCCACGCCAGAAACUCGCGCCAUACCGGAACUUUCUCCUGCUGUCCUGAUCUCGAGUCCAGACCGUCGUCGCGUCUAUCUUUUCUUGUUCAAGUAGCCAUCGAGGCCUCCUCCCUCAGCCCUCACGCCUCAUACUCUGUCCCAGGAGCCAGAAAGUCCAGCUGAAAUCAACGCCAAUUGAGCUUCCUACCUCUCAUCCUUACACCCGCCCGAUCUGACCUCUGAAGCUGCCUGGCUCCAAGGUUACCGAAACAGCAUGAAGCCCUCAACGCCCCGAAGGUCUCGACGCCAAAACCAGCCCGCCACGCGAGCAGGAAAUACUGUGCCUGUCUCUGACUACGAAUCUGAUGGCCCUUCUCACCGAGGUCCCAAUGCCCAAUUCAGCCAGUCCACCGUCACGGUCACUGCCACCGCUACUGUCACUGCAGGCUAUCAUGGUGCGCAGCCGGCACAAGGGGGCACUCGUACUAUCGGGGACAUGAAUCUUAGCGUCAUCAAGCGCUAUGUGCCCACCGUCCAAUCCUAUAUAUCCAUGGCCCACCACGUGCUCGUCUUUCAGUGGGACCACGAGAAGGAGGACUGGGGCGAAGAGCUCUUCAAGGGGCCACUCUUCAUUUGCAACCAGCUCCCUGAUAUGACUACCGGCGCCCCCCUCCCACGCGCCUGCAUUUUCCUCAUCAACAGAAACUCGCCCGAGAAUUUCACCCUCGACCUAGCUACCGUCUUGGACUGCCAGCAGAACGACAGCCAGAAGGACUUCCUCGAGAUCUAUGCAGCUACUCCAUCGACAGAUGCCGUCCACUGGGGUUUACUCAUAAGGGAAUCGGAGAGCUUGGAUGACACCUGGGCUGCCCUGCAAGACCGGUGGCGAGCUGUACAGACAAUUCCUGUCUGA